UUGAAUGAACAAAAUCGAUUGGCUAAUGUUGCUGUUGAUGCUGUUCUUGAUAGUGUAUCGAUCGCUACGACUCAUAGGAAGACUUUAGAGAAGGCGGGUGUGAUUUUUUGUUCAAUAACAGAGGCCAUUAGGGAAUACCCUGAUUUAGUUAGGAAGUUCUUAGGUACGGUUGUUCCACCUGAUGAUAAUUACUAUGCAGCUUUAAAUUCAGCUGUGUUUAGUGACGGAUCGUUUUGUUACAUACCUAAGGAUACCAAGUGCCCUAUGCAAAUCUCGACUUAUUUUCGCAUAAAUGCAUUGGAAACCGGGCAAUUUGAGAGGACCCUUAUAGUUGCCGAUGAUAGGAGUUUCGUGGAGUAUUUGGAGGGGUGCACUGCACCUUCUUAUGAUAGGAAUCAACUUCAUGCUGCCGUGGUUGAGUUGUACUGCACUGAGGAUGCGGAGAUUAAGUACUCCACGGUGCAAAAUUGGUAUGCUGGGGAUGAGCAAGGGAAGGGAGGGAUUUAUAACUUUGUUACAAAGCGGGGUCUUUGUGCUGGGGCUCGGUCAAAGAUAUCGUGGACGCAGGUGGAGACUGGGUCUGCGAUUACUUGGAAGUACCCAAGCGUUGUUUUGGAGGGCGAUGAUACAGUGGGGGAGUUCUAUUCUGUGGCACUGACCAAUAACUAUCAGCAGGCUGACACGGGGACAAAAAUGAUUCACAAGGGAAAGAAUACUCGAAGUAGAAUUAUUUCAAAGGGAAUUUCGGCUGGAAAUUCACAGAACUGUUAUAGGGGGCUUGUUCAGGUUCAGUCAAGGGCAGAUAAUGCUCGGAACUCUUCUCAGUGUGAUUCGAUGCUUAUUGGUGAUAAUGCAGCUGCCAACACUUACCCAUAUAUCCAGGUAAAAUUUUAUGUUCUUCUUGCAUGCUUGCUUUUUUCUCUUUUCUUUUCAUCAGUAUAUAAAUUGCAUUACUUGAUACUGUAGCUCAUCUGAUACAUU